GUCAAACCCAUCGUUGAAAGAACUAGGUUGGAUCAGAUUGUCACCGUCAAAGAAACAUCUUUAAGCCCCAGUCAAUGCUAGCCAAUCCUAUAUUCUGAAUGAAAUCAGUAUAAAAGAGUAUUAUAUACUCAAAGAGGAAAUUAUCUGUUGCAAAUAGAGUCAUUCUAUAAGACUCCCUCUCCUAUCCCCCACAGCAACCCAUCCACCCGUCACCCUCUCCUCCAAAGCCCUAAAUAUCUUCAUAAUUAUAGGUAAUAACUAAAACAAUGCAAUCCCCACCUACAAUCACAAUAACCCCCAACACCCGGCACCCCAAACCCCUCCCAAACUGGAUCUUCCACAACACCGACCUCCCAACCCCACAACCCCAACACCAAACCCUAGGCCUCCUCGACAACGGUCCUGGCAGCGAAAAUCUCCCUCUGGAAAUCGGCUACGGCCCCGUUCUCGGCUGCGGAAUCCCUCUACCUCGGGUAGUCAUUAUUUCACCCAAUAUCGGGCCCAAUGGGAAGUGGGAGGCCGGGUCGGGGAUGAUUACGCGGGAGCAGUUGCUGAUGUGUUGUCAGAGGAAUGGGACGGUGCCGGUGCCGGUGCUGGGGGAGCAGGCUUGGGGGGUUUGGGGGGUGAGGAAGGAUGGGGUCGAAGGGGAGAAGUUGAUGUUUGGGCCUGGGAGGGUUAUUGGGGUUAGGGAGGAUGCGAUGGUGUUUACGGUUGGGAGGAAGGGGGGGAGGGCGGAUUAUUUAUUUUGA